AUGCUGCUGCAUGCCCCGAUCUUCAUGCACUGGGUCGAAGACUGUGUGCAGUCCCAUGUACCCGAGGGAUGCGCCUGUCAGAAUAGAAGCGGUGCCGACAAUAUUGAUGACGACGACAAGCGAUGCAAAGUGUGUCUGCUCCAUGCCCUGGUCACGACCUUUUGGGAUCAUGGUGGGAAAAACCAGGUGAAUGUGGACAAUGUCUUGGAUGAUUUCUGGAAUCGAAUCUCCGAGGACUGGUUUUUAUCAUCGGGCAUGAGCGAGGACGAGAUAGAUGACCAGCAGGAUAUUGCCGGGUUCCUCACGGAGCUUCUGAGGCAGCUUAAAGAAGAUUGCGACGGGACUUGUCGCGCCUCCCUGAAUGGUCUCUUCAUGAUUCAAACGACCAAUAUGGAGAAAUGCACCGGCGAUGGCGGCUGCACGAAACGAAGUUGCCAUGACGAUGAAGGGUAUUUCCUCCACGCUCGUUUUGCCGACGGCAAUCCUGCCGUGACCAUGGAGGAGACAAUUCGGAAAUCCCUCCACGAGUGUGUGACGGACGAUGUCUGCACGGAAUGCCAUCACCACCGAAGCCGGACGCUGCAGCUUCGCCAUCCGCCCGAGUUGCUCCUCGUACACCUCAAUCGAAUCAACCCUGGCGAAGAUGAGUCGGGUGGGUACAGGCCCAACAAGAUCACCACGGAGAUUGACUUCCCAGAAGAGCUCCGGCUCGACGCCGACUGGUUCGAUCCUCGGUGGGGUGCUGGCAAACGGUCGGUUGCAUACGAACUCUUCUCGGUACUGCUGCACCACGGACAGUGGACCAACAGCGGCCACUAUACGGUUGCGGUGAAGGGCAAGGACGGGAAUUGGGUCCUUGCCGAUGAUACGGCGCUGACACGCUUUGAUUCGUUCAACGCCGUCAAGGAUGCACCGGGGCUCCGACGUCACGCAUAUAUCUUUGCUUAUCGCCGGCUUCCUCUGGUCCAACAUACCGCCACGGACAUCCCGAAACCUGAGCCGGCGCCAGCUAAUAAAGCCAGGGCGUCUGAAGCAGAGAAGGGCGGGGAUGACGAGGAGGAGAGCGAGGAGGGAGGGAGGGGUGCUGAUGACCACGGUGGUCAGAACAUGGACUACGAUGAGACCGAGAUCGAGCUAGAGGAGAAGCAGCGCGGCCAGCUGGAGAUAACAUUUACGACUAAUACUGGAGUGGUGACCUUAAGGGCUCAUGUGAAGGGCAUUCUCUGGAACGAUCUCAGCCUUGACCCAGCCCGAACUGGAACGACGGCUAAGAAGACCCCCACGAAACGGCCAGCAAUCUCAGGCGAGCUUCCAUCGAAGCCAACCAAGAAGCGGAAACGGCCAGCUCCCAAGGAGCCCGGCGCCCGCAAGUCUGCGCGACAAGCCCGGGCGAGUACUACAGGGGGAGGAGUUGGAAGGAGAAAGAAGUAG